AAACCCAGACGGACCGUUUGGAAACUCGGAAUAGCCCGUCUUUUAUCCCAAAAAGAAAAUCUUUCGUCUAUGGCAGAUGUAAGUGUCUCUCUGCUGUCUCUUCUCCUCCUCCUCGCGCUCGCCCUCAUCACAUUCCUCUACCUCAUCGUCCGGCCUCGUCCUGUGAAAUUCCUAAUCAAGAACCGCCACGUCUUCAUCACUGGCGGCUCAAGCGGUAUCGGCUUGGCUUUAGCUCACCAAGCCGCUUUAGAAGGCGCCAAGGUCUCGAUACUAGCUCGGAAUGCCGAGAAGCUGGAGGAUGCUAAGCGCGAAAUCCGGCUCGCCACUGGAUGCGACGUCGCCGUGUUUAGCGCCGACGUCAGAGAUUACAACGCCUUAAAGAAGGCCGUAGAAGAGGCCGGUCCUGUCGAUGUUCUGGUUUGUAAUCAGGGGGUGUUUGUGCCGCAGGAGCUUGAAAAUCAGGAUCUGGACGAGGUAAAGUUCAUGAUCGAUGUGAAUUUGACGGGGACUUUUAAUUUGAUCAAAGCCGCAUUACCGGGAAUGAAGAACCGAAUAAAACGUGGUCCGGGAUCAAUUGCGAUCAUGUCUUCUCAGGCCGGGCAGGUUGGUAUAUAUGGUUAUACGGCCUAUUCAGCUACUAAAUUUGGGCUAAGGGGUAUGGCAGAAGCAUUGCAGCAGGAGGUUGUUGCAGAUAACAUUCGUGUCUCACUAAUUUUUCCGCCUGACACUGAUACGCCUGGCCUUACUGAAGAGAACAAAAGGAGGCCACGGCUAACCAGUAUAAUAGCUGGUUCUUCUGGUACAAUGAAAGCUGAAGAAGUUGCCAAGAAAGCCUGGGAUGGCAUAAAAUCUGGAAGUUUUUUUGUUCCGUGCAACAUAGAGGGUUACGCGCUAUCUAUAGCCACCGCUGGUCUGUCUCCUCAAAGUUCAUUCUUCAUGGCUUUUGUGGAGGUGUUUGCAGCAGGCAUUAUGCGUAUUGUGGCUCUCUGCUUUCAGUGGAAUUGGUAUGGAAUCAUUGAAAAGUAUCAUUAUGUAAAUAAAUAGUAACGUAUUUGUUUGGUGUUCAAAGCAACUAAAGUUGAUACAUAAAGAAAAUUUUCAUUUGUUUUGAUAGUUAUUUCCUAAUCCAAAACACUUGCUUUUUAUCUCGAACUUUCAUCUGUGGAACACACGCGACCUUAUACAUUUAUACACGGCAUUAUCACUCAUUUAAUAUAUUAAUGCUUG